UAAAACUGGUCCUGAUUCGCUUUGUGUCGUCAUCCCUGCAGUGGCCGUACAAAGGGCGCCCAAAAGAAAAUUCCUUCCUCUAUGAAAUUGUGUCCAACAAAAAAAACGGCGUUGAUGUGGACAAGUUUGACUACUUGGCCAGGGACUCUUCCUACCUGGGGAUCAAGAACAACUUUGACUUUCAUCGCUUCCUGCAGUUUGCCAGAGUGUGUGAGGUUGAUGGCAGGAAAACUAUCUGCACCAGAGACAAGGAGGAAGACCAUAUGUACGACUUGUUCUAUACAAGACACCGUCUCCACAAAAGAGCCUGUCAGCACAGAGUAAGCCACAUCAUACAAGAAAUGAUUGCAGAGGCUUUUUUGAAAGCAGACGGUCACAUUCAGAUUGAAGGAUCAGGAGGGAGGAUGUUCACUCUCUCUACAGCCAAUGAGGACAUGGAGGCCUACACAAAGCUCACAGACAACGUGUUUGAGGAAAUACUGAAGUCUUCCUGCUCAGAGCUAAAAAAGGCAAGAGAGAUUCUGCAAAACAUCAUCUCUCGAAAGAGCUACAAGUUUGUUGAUGAGAGAAAGCCAAAGGACCCAUCGAGGAUUGGAAAGUAA